GAAAGUAACGCAACCUUGGGUGUCGCACCCGACUAAGGGAUUCUAAAGGAAUCCCUCCUCCCUUGACCUGCGAGAGGCAGAUGCCCUCUGAGUGUCCAGCGGUUCUCCCCGCCUCUCCGGGAGGAACGUCACAGUGUUCCCCUGACGCCCCAGGUUCUUUCCCUAGUUUGUGCAGGAGCACACGCUGCUUUCUCUGCCAAAACCCAAAGCGUUUCCCACCCUGGUCCUCCCUUCUUCCCCUGGAAAAUGUCUGACUCCUUUCUCAAGAGUCAGCUCAUGUGACCUCCUUGGUGAAGGCUUUCCCGGUUCUCAUCUCUCUGUCUCCCCACUGAAGUGGGACGUCUGCAGAAGUAAAAGCUGUUCGCUCUUGGUCUACCUCCAGAACACAACAGAGACCCCAGUGGCACACAGUAAAGUAUUUUUGGAUGAAGUAUGUCUUUCCAAGAAACAACGUGUGUUAUGGAACUGAAGGAAUUAAAUAAUCCUGGUAAACACCAAAGUAUUGGUUCAAUAUAAAGGCCUGAGAGUGUAUGAAAAUGUGUUUUCUUUCUUUUGUCAUCUCUUAUCCUAGUUUCAUUGACUCCCCAAUUCAUACCUGCUUCAGGUUUCUGUCAUCUCUACCUGCCAGCAGAUGAGUUUCCAGAAACCUAAUGUUUGAUACAGACGCGAUGAACUUCCCUACCUCCAACUUCUGUUUCGUGGGCCUCCUAUCCAUGAUUGACCCGCCUCGGUCCACGGUUCCUGAUGCAGUCACCAAAUGCCGGAGCGCAGGGAUCAAGGUCAUUAUGGUUACGGGUGAUCAUCCAAUCACGGCCAAAGCUAUUGCCAAGAGUGUGGGGAUCAUUUCGGCCAACAGCGAGACCGUGGAAGACAUCGCAAAGCGCCUCAACAUUGCUGUGGAGCAAGUUAACCAGCGGUAAGCUCGGAGCCACCGCGACAGAGCUCAGGCUC